AUGUUGAGUCAAGCAUUUCCACCCCCUCCAGUGAAACCAAAAGUUAUAGCAUGUCGCAAAUGCCACUCACGAAAAGUGAAGUGUCCGGGCGGGCAACCUUGCAAAUCAUGUGUCCAAUUGGAUUGCCAAGCUGAGUGUACAUAUCCGAAACGGGACAGACAGAUGAAAGUCAGCGAAAGUUAUAUCAAUUCAUUAUUGCAGCAGAACAAGCUUCUUCGAGCUCAAGUUCAAGCCAAUCAAAGCAAGGAAAACCUCAUGAAGGCAUCUCGCAGUCCAUCGACCACUGCAGACACGACCCAUGAAGACACGACCCAUGAAGACACGACCCAUGAAGAUACGACCCAUGAAGACGCGACUACAUUAAACGCUGAGCCAAGUCAGAACCCGCUCUUUGGUGAAACUCCAUGGUUCUUGCCACUAUCUCCUUUCCGGGUUCCUCUUCGUGUAAACGAGGCCGCUAACACAGCGUUCGCCACCCGAUUCUGUCAAGCCAUUUUGCCGUCGGCUACAAAACACCUUCCUCGUCUGCAAUAUCCCAGCGAAAAGCAAAUAAUGACUCUGGCUGAAACUAACAUAUCACGUCCGAGUCCAACACAGGCACGUUUUCUCAUUCAGACGGCAUUGGCAAAUCUUAACAAGUGUCUCCAUGUGGUGAGGAAAAGCUCUGUGUGGGCUCUAUUAGAGACAUUUAUGGGAGCCCCAAGUGAGUUGUGUAUGCAUCUAGAGGGCAAAAUCUACGCCUUGUUCGCUCUUGGAGAACUUUAUUCUUGUCGCUACAGAGCUCCAGGGGAAAACUUUCCAGGCCUUGCUUAUUUUAGCAUUGCCUUCAAAACUUAUAGUUGCCUCCUUGAACGACCCUGCGUUGACAGCAUUGAAGUCUUGAUAUUACUAUGCCUCUAUUCUUUGUGCAUCAAUAGGUGGCAUUCGGCAUACUUUUUGGCCAGCUCUGCCGUUCGGCACUGCGCCGUCAUGGGCCUACAAUUCGAUAUACCAAAACCGCUGCUUAGGGACAAUGCGGCUCGCGAACACAUACGCCGUAUUUGGUGGACUUCGUACAUUCUUGAACAUACUUGCGCACUUGGCGGCGGGCAACUGGUUUCUGCCCUAGAUGGCGGAAUCUUGGUCGAUUUCCCCUCUUUCAGUGGGCUUUCUGACGCUGAGAAGUCUGAUUUUGAGAAUCCGAACUCUAUGACUGCUAUGAUACAGUUGGUGAGAUUAUCCCAAACGAUUACCAAAUCUCUUUACGGAAGGGAAGAAUACAGUACGUCGUUUUUACAGAGGGUUCAGAGCCGCUUGCGAGACCUUCAAAAUUGGUUCCGGACCUUGCCAGAGGAUUUGAAAAUGACCCAUAACGGCGCGAACACACGACUUGAACAUGUCAAAUCACUGCACCUAUUUUUCAACCGGUGCGUAAUUCUUACCACGAGACCACUUCUUUUACACAUGAUACGAAUGAAACAAACCUCCAAAGGCGAAACCAUGAUGAACUCAACAUCUGACGCAACGGAUAACAUUCAUACUCUAUCUAAUGCGUGCAUUCGAGCUGCUCGGCAUUCGCAUACAAUUUUGACCGAAUCGUGGAUUGAUGGGUCUUUUAAACCCUUCGAAUACUCUCACACCGAGUACCUCUUUUCCGUGGCCGUCAUUCUCGCUAUUUCGGGUCUUCUGAGCGGUCCUGGUAGCUCAAAGGACCAAGAGGACUUUGAUCUAGCAUGCCAGCUGAUGCAAGACCUUAGAAAGUCGGGGAGCACAGCUGCUACCGAGUUUUGCCAGCACAUCGAGGCUAUGAGGAGAGAUAUUGAAAAUUCCGCUUUCGGAAAGACAUCGGUAGAGAGUACCUUGGGAGGCCUUCCUGUAAACCCCAACCCUGUCACAACUCAGACCGAAACGGUGCAAUGUGCGCCAUUCGAAUUCACAGCCCCCAUGACGGCGGAUAUAUUUCUGAGUGAGCCUUCCCUUGAAGGAUUCUUGUCACAGGACGACCCUAGCUCGGAGCAGUUGGACUACUUGGACAUUUCAAACUUGGAAGGGCUCUACUGGCCUGUCAUGGACUUUUCGGGGGAAGUUCUAAAUGGAUGA